AUGGUGUUUCAUUUUGACAAGGAUGAGACGUUAAAUCAUGAAACUCUGAUACCCUUUGACAAGCCCCAAAAGUUACGGACACUUUACUUGCAUCAUCAUGAUGAUCAAUAUUAUCAUUAUGGUAAGUUGGAAAUUAGUGCUGGAUUCGUCUCACCUUUGCAAGGCUUGCGAGUGUUACAGUUGAGAUGCUUAGGAAUGAGGAAAGUGCCGAAUUGCAUAGGUUACCAGCUGCAACAAUUAAGGUACCUUGACCUCUCCGAGAAUCCUUUCAGAGCACUUCCUAAUUCUAUUUGUAGGUCAUAUAAUCUGCAAGCAUUAAGACUUGGGGGUUGUCGUUGCUUUAGAAAGUGGCCCAGGGAUGUGACAAAAUUGGUUAGCCUUAGACAUCUUGAGUUGCGGAAGUGUGAAAGGAUACAAUACAUGCCACGUGGGUUGCGGCAGUUGUCUUCUCUUCAGACUUUGGAAUAUUUCGUUGUCGUGGCGGCGGGGGAAAGGAAAAAGGCUGCUGCUGCUGGGAUUGGGGAGUUGCAUGGCCUAAACCACGAGCUUCGAGGAAAACUAGUCAUCCGAAGGCUUGGAGAGGUGAGAGAUGCCAUAGAUGCCGAGGAAGCAAACUUGAACGACAAGUCGGAGCUUCAAUCUUUGGAAUUGAAUUGGGAAAGCCAUAGUGGAAGGGGAAGAUGUCUAGAAGACGAAAAACGACGGAUUCGAGUGUUGGAGAAUCUCCAGCCGCACCCAAAUCUUAAGGAGUUGGUAAUUAAAUAUUACGUAGGCAUCGAGAUGCCACUUUGGACGCUCUCUUCUUCCCUGCUCCCACAUCUAACGGAACUUAAGCUCUGGCGUUGUUAUAAUCUUAAAUGUUUGCCACUAAUUGGCGAAUUCCCUUGCCUUAAGAAUCUCCAAUUAGAUAGUUUGAAAUCCGUGGAGUCAAUAUGCAAUAAAGUGGUGGAGAUGAUGGGAAACAAUAAUGGAGGAGGAGAAGGAAAACCAUUGGUACUAUUUCCAUCGCUAGAAAAACUUGAUCUAAUAAAUAUGCCAAAUCUGGAGAGAUGGACAAUCUCAGUAGAAGCGGCAACGAUGACGGGAUUAACUGAGGAAGAGGAGAAGCACGAAGGAGAAGAAGAAUCGGUAGCAGCAGCGGCAGAAGAAGAAGAAGCACAAAAUAAUAAUUUGCAUUUGCUAUCUUCGAGUUUUCCUCGUCUCACCCACUUGACUUUCAGCUUUUGCAAUAAGCUGACAACAGUGCCAAUUCUUUCGGUGGGAGGAAUAAACCAUCUAACCUCUCUUCAAACAUUGAGAAUCGAUGGUCCUGAAAAUAUAUUGGCGUCUCUGCUUGAUUGCCCUGCUCCAGCAACACUAGAAAGGCUAAACAUCAGUGACUGUCCUAAUCUGGUGAGAUUUUCAGACUGCUUCAUUGAGCAUCUCAAGUCACUUUCUGAGCUUAGAGUUUCAGGUUGUGAGAAGUUGACAUCUUUACCGGAAGGGAUUCGACACCUUAUUAAAUUGAAACUGCUACGAAUUAUCGACUGUUCAGCCUUGACAACAUUACCGGUGGGUUUGGGAAUUCUUUCAUCACUUGAAAAGCUUGAGAUUUGGGGUUGCUCUAAUUUAUCGUCUCUGCCAGAAGGGAUUCAGCACCUGACUGCACUUAAAAAGCUGGAAAUUCAGACAUGUCCAGGUCUAAAGACGUUACCGGAGGGCUUGGGAAGUCUUUCAUCACUUGAAGAGCUUGGGAUUCAGGAUUGCUCUAAUUUAUCGUCUCUGCCAGAAGGAAUUCAGCACCUGACUGCACUUAAAAAGCUGGAAAUUGAGAUAUGUCCAGGUCUGAAGACGUUACCGGAGGGCUUGGGAAGUCUCUCAUCGCUUGAAAAGCUUACGAUUUGGGGUUGCUCUAAUUUAUCGUCUCUACGAGAAGGGAUUCAGCACCUCACUGCACUAAAUACUCUGAAAAUUAUAAGCUGUCCAGGUCUGAAGACGUUACCGGAGGGCUUGGGAAGUCUCUCAUCCCUUGAAGAGCUCUGGAUUGACGAUUGCUCUAAUUUAUCGUCUCUGCCCGAAGGAAUUCAACACUUGACUGCACUUAAAAUGCUCUUGAUUGAGGAUUGCUCUAAUUUAUCAUCUUUGCCAAUAGGGAUUCAGCAACUCGAAUCUCGUGGUGUACUUGGGAUUUCAAAUUGUCCUAAACUGUCUUGGAGGCAUUUCCUAAGGUCUCUUCCAAAAAGAUUAUCGUAGA